AUGGCCACCAGACAGCGAAUUGCCACCACAGUUGUGGCCAAGAAGGACCUGCCCAAGGUCACUCACGAGGCCACUUCUCAACCUCAAUUCCCCGACAUCAAGACCAUCAAGGAUGCCAUCCCCGCGCACUGCUUCCAACCCUCACUUACCACCUCCUACUACUAUAUCAUCCGCGACUUCGCUAUUAUCGGCACCCGUGCCUGGGCUGCCCUUACCUAUAUCCCCGGCAUUAAGGACCAAUACCUCCGUAUCGCCGCCUGGAUGGCCUAUGGCUUCCUCCAGGGUCUUUUCUGCACCGGAAUCUGGAUUCUCGGUCAUGAGUGCGGCCACGGUGCUUUAUUUACCUAUAGCAAGCUCAAUAACAUAACCGGCUGGUUCCUCCACUCAUUCCUUAUGGUCCCCUAUUUUAGCUGGAAGUACUCUCAUUCCCGUCACCACCGUUUCACUGGCCAUAUAGACCUCGAUAUGGCCUUUGUCCCCCGCUCUAAGCCUAAGGCUUCUCUAUCCUUCUAUAUCGCUGGCAUAGAUGUUGCUGAGCUGAUCGAGGAUACCCCUAUUGCCAGGGUUCAAAUCCACGACACAUCUGGGCUCAGUGCCGUCAAGCUCGUCUUCCACCAGCUCUUCGAUCCCAUGAGCGCUGUCUUCCGUCCCGCCGAGGCUCCCUUUAUCAUCAUCAGCGAUAUUGGUCUCGGCCUCACUCUAACUGCUCUAUACUUUGCUUCCCAGAAGGUUGGCGUUUCUACUGUUUUCUACCUCUACCUCGUUCCCUACCUCUGGGUCCACCACUGGCUCGUCGCUAUCACUUACCUCCAGCACCAUCACACUGAGCUCCCCCAUUAUACCGCUGAAGGCUGGGCCUACGUUAAGGGUGCUCUCGCUACUGUUGACCGCGAGUUCGGCUUUAUUGGCAAGCACAUUUUCCACGGUGCCAUUGAGAAGCAUGUCAUUCACCACCUGUUCCCUAAGAUCCCUUUCUAUAAGGCUGAUGAGGCCACUGAGGCCAUCAAGCCCGUUAUCGGCGACCACUAUUGUCACGACGACCGUAACUUCCUGGGUCAGCUCUGGAGCAUCUUUGGUAGCCUCGAUUACGUCGAGCACGACCCCGCCAUUCACGGUGCCUUGCGCUGGGCCAAGAAGAAGAUAUCUGAGUAG